UGAGCAUUGGAGACGACAAAAUAUACUUGAAAACAGAAAUCGCAGAAGAAAGGUGUAAUUAUAUGUGUGGGAAACAUGGCACCAGUACAGGGGAUAUGGGGUGCUCCGACUUCUACCAUUGAUUGGUGUGAGGAAAACUAUCAUGUUACCCCACUUAUUGCUGAAUUUUGGAACACCAUCAGCAAUGUGAUUUUCAUUAUACCCUCCUUGUUGAUGCUGGGGAUUGGGACCAUAGAGGGACAUGAGGAGAGGUUUCAAUGGUGUCAUUUUUCUGUGUUCACUGUAGGAUUUGGUUCUUGGUGUUUUCAUAUGACUUUAUUAUACAGUAUGCAGCUUUUAGAUGAGUUACCUAUGAUCUAUGGAGCAGCUUUCCAUUUGUAUUCAGACUUAGAAGUCACUAGUCCACUGAAUCAUAAGAAUCGACCAUUACAGAUUGGUCUGGCUAUAUAUUGUGCUGUUGUCACUGCAUUUUACUUAUUCAGCAAACAUGUGAUAUUUUUUCAGGUUUCUUAUGGUUUUCUAGUCACUUUAAUGGUUCUCUCAAGUGUCAGGUUAAUGUUAAACUAUGAGCACAACACGCCUCUGUAUAUAACUGGUCUUGUUACUUAUAUGACUGGCUUUAUCCUCUGGAACUUAGAUCAACAUUUCUGUGGAAAUCUCCAGCUCAUAAGAAAAGAAUAUCUAGGGGUGUUUGCACCAGUUUUCCAGCUUCACGCCUGGUGGCACAUCUUGGCAGGGACUGGUACCUACCUCUCAGUAUUAUUUAGUGCUCACACGAGAUAUUUAUACCUGGGAAUGAAGCCUGAAAUUAAGUUCUGGAUGGGAUUCUGGCCUUACUUAAGACUACGGAAGCAAAAGAAGGAGUAGAUAACUCUUACCAGACUCACCAUAGAGGCCGUCAAAUCCUUCCAAUUUAUCUAACUACUGCCGUGUAUACAAUACGUUUACAUGAUUAUACAUCUAUGCUCUUAUUAUUUUUGUAUGCUUUGUGCCAUCUAUCAGACUAUUUUUUAAAGGAUAUUUAUAACUUUAUUUAACAUAUUGUUUUUUCCUUAAAGUCAAAGAAACAUAUCAUUUUUAGAAAAUUAAAUAUUUAGGUAUUAAU